UGAGUAAUGUCUCAGAGCGAGUCCUUGCAUCUCUCGCGAGGGGCCAGUGAUCUCUACGCUCUGUCAAGUACUGUGGACGGGCUUUAGUUGGGUUUUUUUUUUUUAAACCGUGACCCAUAGAGGCUGUGACUGGUCUUGUUUACAUCUCAUUUUGACGCUACGGGAUUUAUAUUUUUAUUCAAAGAAAAAAACUUGACUUGGAGGAAAUAUACCAGCAAAAAUUCAAAAUAUCUUUCCAUUCCGAUCUACAGUGAGAUACAUGGAUUUGUGUUACUGGUUAAAAAUUACAUGGAAGGUUACUUAAAGCAGAAUGUGUUGCCUGCGUGAUUGACAGCAACUUGACGUCAACAACUCAUGCUACAUUCAAAGUGAGAGAAACAACCUACUAAAACUAAGUUAUAUACUGUGGAAAAACUAUAGAAAAAUAAGGGAAAUAAUUCACCUAAUUCGUUCCAGGCAUAUAACAGUUAAAUCAUUCUUAUAGAAGGUUCGGAUUCUAACUUCUGUCGGACAAAAGGUAUUAAUUUAUAUAUAGUGUAAUUACGUAUCUGUUCAACCAGGGGGUUUAGAAAGUUAAUUCAACAGCAAUAUGCUUCCAGUAUUAAUAACCAUGUGCUUUAUAAUAUAUGAAGUGCGACCCAGUCUGGGAUGCCAGCUUCCUUCUGAUUGGAGACCCCUCAGUGAGGGAUGCAGAGCUGAGCUUGCAGAGAUUAUAGUGUAUGCCAAGGUGUUGGCUCUGCAUCAAGACGUGUACAGCAUGUACAAUUACUUACCUUACCAAUAUGAAGGCAGCAAGGGGGCACUCUUCUACUGGGCAGAGAUUGAGCUGCUUUGCGACCAAGCCUGGGGCAGCAUGUUGGAGGUGCCCGCUGGAUCUAGACUGAACCUCACUGGCCUGGGCUACUUCUCCUGUCAGUCACACACUGUUGUACAAAAUUACUCCUACAUCUUUUUUCUUCGGAUGGAUGAAAACUAUAACAUACUUCCUCAUGGAGUGAAUUUCCAGGAUGCGAUCUUCCCAGACACUCAUGAAAACAGAAGGACCUUUUCCAGCCUCUUUCAGUUCUCCAAUUGCUCUCACGAGCAGCCCCACCAGAUCUUCAGCAAUGACUGGGAGGUACAGGAGGACAGCCGGCUCCUGUGCUCCUCUGUGCAGAUGGCCCUCUUUGAGGAGGAGGAUCGUACAAAGAGGCUGCAGGAGAAGAUCGCUGUCCUGGAGAGGCGCAAUAAACAACUACGAGACCGCGUCAAGAAGGUCAAGAGGUCACUGCGACAGGCCCGCAAAAACAGCCGGCGCUUGGAGCAAGCUAACAAGAAACUUCAGGAGAAACUAGUAGAGGCAAUCAGUGAGCACGGCCCCCAUCCUAACUCGCCCUCCAUUUUCCUCAAGUUGUAAUGUGCAACGCACGUGUUGCAGUGAUUGUUGGUGAUCUUGGAGGUUGCUGGGCAAUCUUCAUUACUGAAAUGUUUGGGUAAUGGUCACAAAAAUAUGUAUUGCAGUUAGUUCUUGUUAUACACAAAUAUAUAUAUAGAGUCAGCACUCACAUA